CGCAGCGACAAAGCGCAAAUUCAGCAUUUUUUGUUCACGGAUCCCAUCUUAUUCCUCUCUCUCUUAUUCUAUUUUUUCUGAUUAUUUUUUCCCCUCUCGCAUCUGCGAUUAUUCAUCAGUGAUCGUCGUCGAUUGAGGCUUUUAGGGUGUUGGAGAUGGGGCAACAGUCGCUGAUCUACAGCUUUGUGGCUCGGGGAACGGUGAUUUUGGCUGAGUAUACGGAGUUCACGGGGAAUUUUACGAGCAUCGCCUCUCAAUGCCUUCAGAAACUCCCCGCUAGCAACAACAAGUUCACCUACAAUUGCGAUGGUCACACUUUCAAUUACCUCGUUGAGAACGGAUUUACCUACUGUGUGGUUGCAGUUGAAUCUGCCGGUAGGCAACUUCCAAUUGCAUUUCUGGAGCGGGUCAAGGAAGACUUCAACAAGAGAUACGGUGGAGGGAAAGCUGCAACAGCUGUUGCCAAUGGAUUGAACAAAGAGUUUGGAUCCAAAUUGAAGGAGCACAUGCAGUAUUGCGUGGAUCAUCCUGAAGAAAUUAGUAAGCUAGCAAAAGUGAAGGCUCAGGUUUCUGAAGUCAAGGGUGUUAUGAUGGAGAAUAUUGAAAAGGUCCUUGAUCGAGGUGAGAAGAUUGAGCUGCUGGUGGAUAAAACUGAGAACCUUCGCUCACAGGCACAAGAUUUUCGACAGCAGGGAACUAAAAUGAGAAGAAAGAUGUGGUUUCAGAACAUGAAGAUAAAGUUGAUUGUUUUGGGUAUAAUCAUCGCAUUGAUUCUCAUCAUAAUCUUAUCUGUUUGCCAUGGCUUCAACUGCUAAUGUACUUGUGGAUUUACCUGGAUUGCUUUGCUGCAUUUCUGACACUUUUGUCUUGGGAAGUUGGUAUUCCUUUGCGUCCGAUAGUCCACCUUGUAGAUGUCUCCUCUGGGGGGACUUUGAUAAUCUAGGAUUACAUUUUUCCCUUCAAGGAUUUGGGUUUUGUAUUUUGGAGUGAUUGUAUAGCUUAUAAUGCUUUGACUUGAGUAGAUUAAAUUACUCUAUGCUUCAUGAUAUGGAUUUUUUGUUAUGUAAUUGAAGUAUGAUGUCUGUAGGAUUGUCCGUCCAAAAUGAUUCUUCAUAAUUUUUGUCUUCCUGUCA